AUGACCUACUUGGGAGCCAGUAUCGGUGAAGUGUAUUUCACCAGUAGCCUUGGCAGUGACAGUGACUUCUACUACACCAUGCAGGUCUGCAAGGUCGUUAUAGCAACUCUGAUGUGUGUGCUGUCAGCUGAAGCUGGUUACUAUAAGAGACACCUCCCCCCACAGCUGCCCCCCGCCAAGCUACACUACGGACACAAGCCACCCCCUCACUUCCACCACAGUCCCCUCUCGCACAACAAGCCCCCUCCUUAUCUGAGGCGCCCUCCCCCUCCUCGCUCCCCCAUCAGGCCACCACCUAGACCCUUCAUCGUCAAACCCACCCCUCCACCACCACCCCCUUUUCCACCCUCCUCUUGGAAAAACUUCCGCGCUCCUGUAGUGAAGGAGGUUUUCCAGUCUGCUCCCAUAUCCUACAUCCCAGAAGUCUCCCAACACUUUCCGCUCGACGACGACAAGGGGCCGAUCCACACGAUACCUGCUCCUAACCUCAGCCCUGCUGACCGACCUCACCACCCUCUACCACACCAAUCUUCACACCCUUCACCUGACCUGGAUGCUGUGCUCAGGCAUGGACUGAAGACUGUACAACACAAACCUGCCAGCUCGUAUCAGGUUACAGAGGACCCCAGUGCACACAAACCGUUUUCUGAUACCCCUAGCUACUUUGCUCCAGACCCUGACCCCAGCCUGCCCACCAUAGAAGUCCCUAAGACCUUCGAUCCCUACUCUCUGCCCAGCAAUGGUCAGCAGCCCCUGGACCUGUACCAGCAACAGCUCGCAGAGAGUCAGCAGCACCAGACCUCUCCAUCACUGGCAGACAGUGGUACCAAUUCCCUUUCAUCUCAAGAUCUGUACAACUUGCUGAAUGGGUUUGGUCAGCAACAGCCUCAAAUGACAGCAGCCAUGUAUCAGCAGUAUCUGCUAGCAGCAGCAGCACAUCAGCCCUCUACACACCAGCAUGUCUACAAUGCUGCCCUUCUCUACCCUCAACAAUAUCAGCAGCAGCAACAGCAGAUAGCACAGUUCUCACAGGAGAAUUUCCAGCCACAGUUUGAGACUUUCAACUAUAACGAGCAGACACAGGAGAGUGCCCACGGAUCUGACAGUUUCCCCUCGGCGUCCUCGGUGAGUGUGGGGGUGAAACGUGCAGUAGCGAGUGGAGAAGAGGAGGUGUUGAGCAACCAGGUUGACUACGAGGACACCGGCUUGUACACAACACUGCCAGACCGACAGACAGCGGAGACUCUGGCUACCCUCGCGGCAGCGGGCAGCAUCAACAAUCAGCUGGCGCAGCGGGAGCAAGGCUCUGAGGAGGAGACGGAGCAGAGCAAUCAGUCGGACGAGACGUAUGAGACAAGAACCCAACAGAACAUAAUUAAUAAACAAAAUCAAAUUCCCAAUAUACAUGAGCUGAGAGUCCAACAAGAAAAUCAGAAUGAAAGACAAAACCAACUGCCAGUAACAAACUACAAAAUGAGGGCACAAGAAAAUCUUGAAGAGACACAGAAACAAUCGACUUACAGAAACCAUGAAACGAAACCCCAACAGGAAGUUAUGUUUAACAAUGAACAACAAAGCCACAUGCCUUUCAGAAAUUAUGAGAUGAGACCCCAACAACAAAUACAGACAGACGAAAUUCCACACAAUGAAAACAAAGAAAACUCAGAACAAUCCUUUGCAGACAGUGAUUACAGUGAAGACGAGAUUCUAGAACCUUCAGACAAAGACUUACGCAACAACAUGGAUCUACAAAGUGGCAUGAGAAUAUACCAGACUUACUACAGAAAUCAAAAUGAGCAAGAGAAAGAGAAAUUCACAGAAGAAUUGAGCUAUGAGGAUACUGAAAGUGAUUACACACAAGAAGAAGAGAAGGAGAUAAAUAAUGCUGUAACAAAAGCUUCAACAGUAGUUGAAAACAAAAUUAACCAGUACAACGCCCAUCAGAAUCAACUUCCUUUUGGUGCCAAGUUGCGACCAAAACGAGUAUAGAUGUUAGGAUUUUAACUGUACAGUACCUGACUGAGAAAAAAUGUUUAUUACAAAGCUGCUGUUGUUUUGUAAUAUAUUUCUACUCUUGCAUAGCAACCAAAAGUUGACUUAAAAGAAAGGCAGGUGUUAAUGCUGAUUAGAUAGUGGCAUAUCUAAUCUAAAGUAAAUUGUUUGGAAAAAGCGAAUUUUUCAAAGUAUUCAUAGUUAUUUAUUAUUUAAAAAUUAGGCUUUAAAAAUCUGUUGAUAGAAUAUUAUUAAUAUAAUUAAAAUAAAUAAAAAUAUGGCUUAGAGCCAAAUUAAUGCAAUAAAUAAGUAAUUUAGCUUAGGCAUUAUUUAUUUACUUGUGUAUA